UCUAUGAUGGUCAUUGACUUUGCGUUGGGCUCACCAUGAAAGUCGGUGAUGUGUCAGAUCUGGGCCGAGAAGUGUGCCAGAGUCGGACUCCUAGGCCAUGGGCGAGCAGUCUGCGACAUCGCUUCUGCUUUGGGUAUGCCAGACUGAUAAGCCACCAUCCUAUCGUGCUAUGCCUGGUUCUAUUCUUCUGUGUCAUGACCUUUGGCCUGGUGGCAUUCCUCUUGUACGAUUUGCCCAGUUUCGAUGACCCCAUUGCUGGUUUUGAACCACGAGGCACAGUGAUCAGCCAACGUUCCAUAACAUGGCAGAAUAUGCUUGAUCAUACCGGUUCUGGUCAGCUCCUCUCGUUCUAUCCAACCACCAGUCUCCAUCCACAGCACGUCGUCAACACCCAGCGACCCUUACAGACCCAACUCUCAUCCACCUUAACCUCCCCAGCCUCUGCCUCAGUCACGCCUUCUCCUUUGGUGCCUGACUCAGUGGAGAUCAACGGAUCGGAUGAGGUUCGGUCAUUGGGGGAUGACGGCUCUGCCAGCAGCAGUUAUAGUCAGUCGGAUAUUAGUGAGAACGGGGACUAUCUCAACGAUGAUGAUGUGGAGGUUCCAUUCUUCUGCUCCAAUCCUUCAAGGGACUAUGCUCGAGUUGUUUUAGAACCUGUGCAGGCCCAUAAUCUUCUGACCUUGCAAGGCCUACAGGCCAUGUGUCAGCUGGAGACAACGGCCAUUCGCCAGCAUCUACAAUUCAUGAGAAACUGCUACACAGACAAGAAGGGAUCAUGCUGUCGCAGCUGGUCCAUCGGUAACUAUGUAGCAUUGCUAAGCAACAGAUCCAGCUGCAUGGAGAUUACAGAGAAGGACGUUGCGGACACUGUGGAGCUGCUUCAGAAGUGUUCUCAUUUCUACCGGAGUCGAGAUCUUCAACCGAAUUGCUGGGAGUCCCGGGAGUCCCAGGAGUGGAAACCUUGCCCAACGAAUAUACACGAGGACUGUAUCCGCUAUGACGCUGUCUACUCUAUAAUGCAUUACCUUGCAGACGUCGGAUUCUUGAGCGUGGAGAAGCCUAAUAAUGUGGAGGUCAAGAACACAAUGAUCAUUAUCCCAGUAUAUGCUGGGAAUGAUAUGAUAGAAAUCUACGAGGACGUCUUUAAGGAUAAGGAGGUGGCCAAUGCCGAGGUCAAAGUAACGGGAUUGUGUUUCAAUCUCAAGUACGAUCUCUUUGGAGAGUACUUAACGACGGAGGCAUUGUACCCUUGCCUUGGAGUGUUAAUUAUCAUAAUCCUCAUGUGGAUGUACAUUGGAUCCCUCUUCAUUACCGUCAUGACUGUGAUCAGUAUGGCAAUGUCGCUCAUUGUGGCAUAUUUCCUCUACCGUAUUGUAUUCGGCAUUCCCUUCUUUCCGUUUAUGAAUCUAACCACGGUCAUUCUCCUUGUUGGAAUUGGAGCGGACGAUGCCUUUGUGUAUUGUGACAUUUGGAAGCGCACAAACUCGGAUCACGUUAACACCCCACAAGUACUGAUCCUCUUGGACACGCUUCGGCACGCUGUCGUCUCAAUGUUUGUAACCAGCCUCACCACAGCAUCCGCAUUCUUUGCAAAUACAAUCAGCAAAAUUACCUCCAUCAAGUGCUUUGGCAUUUUCGCGGGGACGACGAUCCUCGUCAACUGCUUCUUCACUGUCACCUGGUUGCCUGCAGUAGUCACAAUUUAUGACUAUUACUUAAAUGGUUACUCCUCUAGAAGAACAGAAAAGAGAGAGUACAGAACGCACAAAUGGAAACACUCUUGCUGCACUAACAUACUGCGGUGCUUGAACAAAAUAAAGUACAUCACCAGUGAGUGGUCCCGUAUUUUUUUUGAUAAGAUACUGCCCUGUGUUGUUAUUAAGCUACGUUACGUUUGGCUGCUCACCCUAGGCACGCUAACACUAGGUGGAUUCAUUUUGAUAUUCUUCAAUCCAAAACUUCAGUUACCGACCCUGCCUGAGUUUCAGUUAUUCCACUCUCUGCACCCAUUUGAGAGGUACGAUUUCAUCUACAAGGAUAUGUUCUGGUUUGAAAAGGGGAACAGCACAGGAUCACAAGUUUACUCACACUUGCCGCUAAGGAUUGUAUGGGGAGUUCAACCAAUAGACAGCGGCAAUCCGUUUGAUCCCGAAAGCCAUGGUGAGAUCACGUUUGAUAAGACGUUUAACAUCGCCCUCCCGGAGGCUCAGCAAUGGCUUUUUAAUUUCUGCGCCCGGUUGCGUAACCAAAGUUUCUUUCUCCCUACCGUAGGAUUGCAGUUCAAGAACUGUUUUAUUGAAAGUUUUAGAACUUGGAUGCAGACAAGAAGCUGCAUUGAUAUUAAUACAGGAGAGAACCUUAUGCCUUGCUGUAGGGAAAGUGUAUUUCCAUAUCCUGAAGAAGUCUUUGAUAAAUGUCUCCGGGAUGCAGUAAGUGUGCUGUACUAUGAAUUCCCUAUGGCCUUUACAAAAUUCACUCCAGGGCCUCGGUUUGGCGGCCCAGAGGAUCGAGUAGUUGCAGCCAUCGUCGAGUUUGACAGCACACAAACGUACACAUAUUCAUUUGAAAAAAUUCAAGUAUUUUGGAAUGCGUUUGAGAACUGGGUGACUUCGGAGUUGAAGACUGCCCCAGAGACGAUGAAACAUGGGUGGAUCACAAGUUUUGUGGACUUUUACGAUCUGCAGGAUAAUUUAGCUCAUGGGAUGCCAAUAGCUCUCGGCAUGUCCAUUAUUAUCUCCACCUGUGUUAUGUUUGUAACCACACAGAACCUCCUGAUUAGUGUGUAUGCUAUUCUGUCCAUAUCUGGCACCAUAUGUGUGACCAUUGGGGCUCUGGUACUGCUGGGCUGGCAGCUCAAUAUCCUUGAGUCUGUUAUUCUAUCAGUUGCUGUUGGGCUCUCUGUCGAUUUUACUGUACACUACGGUGUCGCGUACCGAAUCGCGCCGGAAACCGACCGGGAGUCGAGAGUUGUUUUCUCUUUGGGUCGUAUGGGGUCUGCAAUCACGAUGGCUGCACUGACGACCUUCGUGGCAGGUGCUUUAAUGAUGCCUUCUACAGUCCUUUCCUACACACAGAUGGGAACCUUUCUUAUGUUAAUCAUGUCAAUAAGUUGGGUGUUCUCCACCUUCUACUUUCAAUCGCUCUGCCGCACCAUAGGGCCAGAGGGCUCACUCGGACAGUUCCCACUGCUUGGUUGUGCAUGCUGCGCAUGGAGAAAGAACACAGUCAGGGCUGCAGACUCGGAAGCCAUCCAUUCCCACUCCUCAGAAGUGCCAAGCUCAGGAGAAUCUCACGAACUGGAACCGCUCAGCUCCUUUGCGACUUCAAAUUUAAACUCUCCCAAGCCAAGCUCAAGUUCAUUCCAUAGUAGUAGUAAAUACCCACAUCACCUUGGUGUUGUACCACCGCAAUGUCUCCUUACGAAGCAAAGAAAGGAAACACCUCCUUUACCUGGAGCCUCUGGACCGCUAUGCUCGGAGGUAAUCUGGGAGGGAACCAGUAAGUUUGUGACACGACUCUAUAAGCCGGUGGCACAAUGUGAACCAGCUCCAGUGAUUUUACCAAACAAAAACCCAAAUGUCCCUGAUAUUUGGGUCAAAAUGUAAGUAUUUAAGUUAAGUAAGUGUGUUCAGGGAUUACAUGAAAGAGUGAACACUUUUGAAGGAUGCUGCUUGGCUUCUCUAUAAUCAGAAUCCCAUGGGAAUCCCAUGGGACUUUAUUGUAAGGGUAACCAAAAGCUUUUGCUGCCAUUAAUGGUAAGACUGCUUCCAAAUUUGUACCUUCUCUUUAACUGUUUGGCUCAGACAUGAUGAACAAUUUCAGAGACUGAUAUCCCAGCAGGUAUUGGCAAUGCCACUCUGUGUGGUUUCACCCAAAUAAUGUUUGAUUGAGAACUGCACAAACAAUCGAUAGAUGACAAAAAAUUUUUUAACUUUCAUCAAUACUUUUGAAAGUUUUCUUCUUGUGAUUAAAUUACACAGUAAUUCAUAUUGUCAGAGCUCAAUUUGUUUUGGUGGGGGGAUCCAUAGGACCACAGGACUUGUGUCUCAAAAUGUUCACCGGAUCAGAAAUAUUUACUUGGUCAGAUUCAAAAAGAGAAAAAACUUCCUAGCACAGUUUAACAUGCAUUUCACAGUAUGUAUUUAAACAAGCUUGAUGACAUGUAGAAUAGGGGAAGAUUUCUUUCAUUUGUCUUUAUGCAUAAUCAUCUUUCUUUAAUCAAUAGAAUUGAAAAUAAAAGGUACUGGAACAUUAUUUGUUUCUGCAUAGUAUUUUACACAGUAAGAUAGUAUCAUUGAAUUGAAAAACACAAGAGGGCCUAGACUUGUGUGGUUGUAAAUUUUCUGUUCCAAUGUUAAACUUAAACACACUGGCCUCAGGCAAGCGGUCCAGUGUCAAAUUUGAGCCCUGACUACAAUGGUAAGAAAAUAAGUGAAGAGCUGAACUCUUUGGGUUGUUUGAUUUUGAAAGGAGGUAAUUUGACAGCACCACACUUCAAAGAAUUCUCUACCAAGGUUGUUUAGUAUUUAAUACAUUCCUAUACUGUCACAUUUCUGUUUGAAGCUCGGAAUUAUAUGAUUAUCGAUCAAGCAUGUGAUUGUAUCAAUAGAUGUUUCUAUGAUAAACCCGCUAUUUUUGUAUUAUGUUGUUGUUUUUGUAUUAAAGGCAGUGGACACUAUUGGUAAUUACUCAAAAUAAUUAUUAGCA